ACCCAUCUCCCAGUCUGAACCAGCCAUGACAACCCACGCACUCCUGAACGCAUUCAAAGCUUCCAAGCCCGCAUUCGGCGCAUGGAUUACCUUGCCUGGCGUGCUCAACGCACGUACAGUCGCACAAGCCAGCCCACACCUCUCGUGGGUGAUGAUAGAUUGUGAGCACGGUCUAACAUCGCUCCAGCCCGGUGCUGCAGAGUCUAUCCAGGCCAUCACCGGUCUUGGACCCAACGCGCCGAGUCCGCUCGUGAGAAUUCCAGCCACCGGAUUCAGCAACAGUACAUCGUGGCAAAUCAAAUACGCACUUGAUGCAGGCGCGCGGGGCGUGCUUGUUCCUAUGGUCUCCACUGCUGAGAAGGCGAGAGAGAUCGUGGCAGAUAGCCGCUUCCCUCCGGGAGGCCGGCGCGGCUUUGGAAGUCCAUUCACUCAUGGCGCCUGGAGCAUCAGUGCCGCCGAGUACCUCAAAUCUGCGAAUGAACAUGUAGUUGUUAUGAUACAAAUCGAAACGAAGGAAGGCGUGCAAAAUGUUGACGCCCUCGCUGCCGUAGAUGGCAUCGAUUGUUUAUUCAUCGGUCCUUACGAUCUUUCUCUGAGCUUGGGAUACCCCCCUCCUUCUCCCGAUCCGCACCCUGACGUGGAGAUUGUCAUCCAAAAUAUCCUCAAAGCCACCCACAAGGAAGGGAAGAAGUGCGCGAUUUACUGCACCUCAGGAAAGCAGUCCCUUAAACGUGCUCAAGAAGGCUUCGACAUAAUUAGCGUCACUACUGAUGUUGGCGCAAUAACCGACUCAAUGGCAGCAAACCUUACCGCCGCAGUAGGCGGAGAAUCUGAAGCUGCGGCAUUCCGAUACUGAUCGUAGAGAAAGUCGAAGUAAAUCUCAGCAAUGAAUGUACACAGUCGAU